AUGUCCAAGGUGUCGAUGGCAUAUAUCGAUGUGCUGUUGACUCAAACCCUAAUCAUUUCCUUUCUGUCUUUCUCUGUCAGACUUGCGAGUUUUGAGUUUUCUUUUCUGAGAAGUCAGAUUCCAUUCUUCCUUUCUUUAUUUCCUUCAUUGCUUCUUUUUUCUUUAUUCCAUUCUUUCUUUCUUUCUUUUUUGUUUAGUUCUUCCUUUCUUUCUUUCCUUCAUUGCUUCUUUUUCUUUAUUCGAUUCUUUCUUUCUUUCGUUCUUCCUUUCUUUCUCUCCUUCAUUGCUUUUUUCUUCAUUCCAUUCUUUCUUUCUUUCUUUUCUUUCUUUCUUUCUUUCUUUCUUUCUUUCUUUCAUUUUUCUUUUUUUUUCAUUAUUUCCGCCAUUUUUCUUUUUCUUUAUGCCCUUCCUUCUUUGUUUCAUUGUUUCUUUCUUUUCCCCAUAUUUAACCCAUUCUUUAUUUCCUUCCUUCUUUCUUUAUUUACUUACAUCUUUUUUUAUUUUCUAAAUGCCUUUUUAUUUAUUGUUUACGAAAUUGUCUUUUGUUCUACUCUCAUGUCAAUGACUUUUUCUAUAUUUUUUCAUUGUUCUUUCUUCCUUUUUUUACAUUGUUCCAUUCUUUCUGUCUUUCUUUAUUUAUCCUUAUAUGCUUCUUUCUUUCUUUUUACCUUUUUUUCCAUCCUUACGCUUGAUUUUGUUCCAUUGUUAUUAUUUGCCUUUUUUAUUUAUUUUUCUUCUUUUUUACCUUCUUCCAUUAUUUCCUUCUUUCUUUCUGUUUUUCUUUCUUACCACCUUCCAUUAUUCCUUCUGUUUUUCCUUUUUUUUUUUUCUUUCUCUCGCCCUUUCUUUUGCACUUGUCACCUUCUAUUUACUUUUGAUUUCUUUGAAAUUUCUUUUCAUCUAUCCUCAUCAUAA